CUUUUCCCUUCUUUAUUCUUUCUCUAAACAAUGAUGAUGAUGGCGACUAAACAGGACAUGGUUUCCUACAAAAGUCAUCCCAUGGCAACAACCUUUUUAUCACAAUUCACAAACUGGGCCAAGAUAUGGAUAUCGCCUUCAAGCAAAAUUCCUCGAAAAAGAAGGAAUACAUCCACUAGUAUUGGCCGAGAAACAGACAUUCGAUCUAGAACAAAUUACUAUGAACCACCCUCUUUAAAGCCACAUUAUGAGGAAUUUCUUGCAAGCUCACAAAAAGCUCUUCUUUACCGAGCCACAUGUCAAAAAUUACGACCAGCCAACAAUCAAUUCACAAGGAAACUUGUUCGUUUGGGUGAUAUUUUACAUGUCAGAAAAUUUUGGGAUGACCUGGAAAUGAUUGUUUAUAAAGAUCUUAGUAGUACAAGUCAAUAUUUACCACCUUCCAAAAGACUGCCAUUUAAUCCAGAUAAGCCUGGAUCGAUUUAUUUACCCCGAAAAUCAAAAAGAAACACAAACACUGCAUCAUUAAAAACCCAAAGAAGAUCAUUUGCGUCUUCAACCAUUGUAUAUAGUAAUACCACCGGAAACAUUGUACGAGUCUUACCUUUAAUUCCUCAAUUGGACGACGAUGAUGAUGAUGAUGUUCCACUAGGUGCCCUUCACUUUUUCCCUUAUUCAAAAUAAUCUCCAUUAAUUUAUAAAUAACUACACGUACACACAUACACACACACACACACAUAUAUACACUCAAGCGUACACGAGACUCGAUUUAAUUUAGCAUUUUGCUCAUCUUCAUCCCUUUUCCCCCCUUUUUUAUUGUCCUUUUUUUUUCUUUUUUCUUUUUUAAUUGUUCC